CGCGGUCCGGACCGCCCCGGAAGUAACCGCUGCGGGCGGCCGAGGCCCCGGAAGUGCUGUGCCCUUCCGAGUGGAUUUCACGUCACCACGGCCGAGACGCCAUGUGCCCGACCCGCAGCCGCGGCGGAGCUUCACAGCGGGCUUCGCUGCAGUGUUGCUAACCGGGAGCCAUGGUGCCGUUGAGGCUGUUCCCAGCAGGGUGGCGGGGCGUGUUCGAGGGCCUGGGGCGCUGGACUGUGUCCCCAGGGGCAGCCCUCCGCCGGCCCCCGCCAUGGCUCGCCGACCCCCGGCCGCUCUCGCUUGGCCGCGCGGACCGCGCCGCCCAGACGCCGCCCGGGAAGAAGCCGCUCUCCGAGAAGAAACUGAAAAGGCACUUUGUGGACCACCGCCGGGUGCUGGUCCGAGGCGGACGCGGGGGCAACGGCGCGAGCUGCUUCCACAGCGAGCCCCGCAAGGAGUUCGGGGGCCCCGACGGCGGCGACGGCGGCAGCGGCGGCCAUGUCGUCCUGAGAGUUGAUCGGCAGGUGAAGUCGCUGUCCUCCGUCCUGUCCCAGUAUCAGGGCUUUGACGGAGAGGACGGUGGCAGGAAAAACUGCUUUGGGCGACGCGGAGCUGUCCUCUACGUCCAGGUCCCCGUGGGCACUUUAGUGAAGGAAGGAGGCGAGGUCGUGGCCGACCUGUCGCGCCCAGGGGAUGAGUAUGUCGCCGCGCUGGGCGGGGCAGGCGGAAAGGGCAACCGCUUCUUCCUGGCCAACGACAACCGCGCGCCCAUCACCUGCACCCCUGGGGAACCCGGGCAAGAGCGAGUCCUCCUGCUGGAGCUCAAGACCGUGGCCCACGCUGGCAUGGUCGGAUUUCCCAAUGCAGGCAAGUCCUCACUCCUCCGGGCCAUUUCAAAUGCGAAGCCAGCGGUGGCCGCGUACCCAUUCACGACCUUGAAGCCCCAUGUGGGUAUCGUGCACUACGAGGACCACCAGCAGGUGGCAGUGGCCGACGUGCCGGGCAUCAUCCGAGGGGCGCACCGGAACCGGGGCCUGGGGCUGGCCUUCCUCCGGCACAUCGAGCGCUGCGGCUUCCUCCUGUUCGUGGUGGACCUGGCGGCCCCAGAGCCCUGGACCCAGGUCGAGGACCUGAAGUUCGAGCUGGAGAAGUACCAGCAGGGCCUGUCCCAGCGACCGCAUGUCAUCGUUGCCAACAAGGCCGACCUGCCCGAGGCGCGAGCCAACCUGCCCGCGCUGCAGGCCCGCCUGGGUGGGACGGCCAUCGCCUUGUCAGCCGUCACCGGGGAGAACCUGGAGGAGCUGCUGCUGCGCCUCAAGGACCUGCACGAUGAGAGCAUGGCCGCCGAGCUGGCCCGGGGCCGCCAGCCGCUCCGGUGGUAGCACACGGCUUGUCGGGCCGGAGCGGCAAGGCCGCCUCCCUGCUCCGCGCGGCCGCCCUGCAGUCUGCUCUCCGACUCGCAGAGACGGCGCGUCCCCGUGACUAGCACCCGAGCAGCACGGACCAGACGGCCCUGUGCCGGGCAGCAUGUGGCACCGGGUCGAGGGUGCCCGUCCGGCUCCUCAGCACCAGCCUGCAGGGAGCGGCUGCCACGGGUGGGCCUGUGAGUCCUUGGCUGUCGCCACAGCUGCAGAGCUGCCGGGGUCAGGCCCCGUCUGCAGGCGCCACGCCCCUCUCAGACGCGCGUCUGGGGAAGCAGGGGGGCGCCACCGCGCUGUCCCCAGCUGUCCGAGCCGGGGAGCCGAGCCCAGCACUGGCGUCACGACCGAGCGCACCCAAUAUCCGGCCGGGGACGCGGCCUCCGGUGCUCCUCUGUGCAGCUCACAGCUCUCUGCGGGUGGCGGGGCUCCCGGGUGGGCUGUGGGCCGUGGGCCACGUCUGCGGGGACACCCGCUGGGUCCCCACCACACUGUCCCUGCGGGGGUGGGAGGCGCUGGGCCCACGCCAGCCACCAGACUUGCCGCCAGCUCAGAGCGCCCUGGGGGACAGGCUGGCCAGGGCGGGGCACGUUCUCUCCUGGAGUGACCUGGCUGAGGGCCCCGACAGCCGCCACCCCCCAACCGCAAGGGGCCCAGUGGCGAUGGCUGGGCUCCCUGCUGCCGCCGCCGCCA